AUUAAAUGCUGUAAGACCUGUUUGUGAGAGUGAAUUGGACGAAAAAGUCUUUUGUGCGGACGAAUGAAAGGCCCUUUUUUAAUUAAACAAUGCUUAAUUAACAGUUGUUUGCUGCUAAAAGUAAAUUAAUUAUUUCGAAUUACGUUUUUGAUUUUAUAUAAAGAUAAAAAUUCUUCACUUUGAGACCUUCGAUGAAUGCUAGAAACUUUCAUUUAAUGCUUUUUUAGUUCUGUUGCUUUAACAUUAUAACCUUUAUAGACUUGUAUUUAUUUUUGUACUUCCUCGUGGUUGUCAAUAGUGUAAGGAAUGAAUUAUACAUUCUGCCUAACACUAAGUUGGGCUAUUAAUUAUUCGGUCUGUCACUUUUUAUAAUUUAUCAAUGUAGAAUUUUGGCUAUUUUAUCAUUUAUAAAUGAAUAAUACUAUUUAGUAUUAAGAUAUGCGGUAUAAGGCCGAGGCGAUUAAGUCUCCCAAGACUAUAGGCGGCCAACUAUAGCCUUGGGGGACCGGGUUCGAAUCCGAAAGUCGGAAAACACUAGGAAAUAUUUAGGGUGGUCUGUCCCGGAUCCUCGUCAUUCGGCCAUCCCCAUUAUGAGCCUAUUCGAAUCUACGAUGAAUAUGAUUAAAAUGGCUUUUUAGUGCAGAGUGAAAGCCAUGUGUAGAACCCAAAUUAAUUAUUUUAAAGCUAUUUUUUAAUCUAAGUACCUAAGGUUGCAUUUAUUAAGGAAUUGAGAUUACUGUUACGUUAUUAAAAAUGGAACUAAAAUUAAUUAAUAUAUGUGACUUUACAUCGCAAUAUUUACUUUAUAAAGGUGUAAUUUUAAUACCGUUGAUUUGUAUAGGUGCCAAAUUGUCCAUUUUUAAACUGACUACAGAAAGGGUGUGACAUUAGACAGAACAGGCAGUAUAUAAUUUAAUAACCAUUAUCAAACGUUGAAGAACGACAACUCUCCCUGAGCCAAUUACAUUAUUGCUGCAAGAACCUGUGACAUUGGAGACUUUUCCUUCGUAACGACUUCACGUCACUUACUUUAACACAGUUUUUUCCCUAAAUCGAGACGUAUAUUACACGUAUAUUCCUGAUUAAUAAGGGAAAAAAAUAUCUUGUUUUUUCCCUCGGAAACUCCGAAAUGGCGGCAGCUGUCAGAAACGAAGAAAAUAAUGUCGAUAGAAACGAAAGCCGCGAAAAUCCACCUAAAUGUUCCAAACCAGUGCCUAUAAGCUCCAAGAGAGUCCCAAAAUGUUCCAGAUGCAAAAAUCAUGGAAUUGACAGAGAACUGAAAAAUCAUAAAAAUUAUAAAAGGUUUUGUGAUUAUAAAUCCUGUGUUUGCGAGAAAUGCUGUCUAACUGUGGCCAGGCAACGACUUAUGGCGAGAAAAGUAGCCUUAAGGCGCGAAGUAGCCUUAGACGAAGCCAGAGGAAUUAUCGCCGACGAAGAUCCAGUAUUUUCGACAGAAUCCAAUUCCACAAACGAAGAAAGUUCGGAAAUCGAAACCAAUUCUUCCAACGAAGACGAAAUCGGUUCGACCAACAGAAGGCAUAUUCGAGAAGCCUUGCAAACACUGGUUAAUGCCUUCAAACUUAACGAUAAGACUAUGAAUUUAUACGUCUACGCCAUUCUUAAAGAGUGCAAAUUUAACGUCAAGCUAGCUUACGAUAAGCUGAUUGAAGCUCAAACUGAGUAUAAACUCUACGAAAUGAUGGACAGAGAAAAUAGAGGAGAAGAAAGGAGAGAGGAAGAGUCAAACUAUAAUAAUAUAUCCUGGUCGCCUAUGUUACGUCAACGUUUCACUAAUUCCUCCGUAGUCUAUCCUAAAGCGUGUCGUCCAUUCUUAUACCCAUAUACCAUGAAUUCUAAUGUUCCUAGCGUUACAGUAACCAAUUCUGCUGUCCCUACUACUCAGAUUUCUCCUCCCGAAGAGGAUUUUCGAAACAGAGAACAUUACACCAACGAAGAGAAUUAUACCAGAGUGAACGAAUUCGAAGAGUUGCCGGUGCAAAGUGACACCAGAAAUGGGAUCGAUUCUGUUCUAAAGCCUUUUGAUCCCGUCUUGUCGUUGAGAAUGCAAAGGGACGUAAGAUUUCAACCGUAUUCUCAUGUAAACAUUUAAACUAUUCUCUUACGUUAUUGAUCGAUACGGAACUUUCAAGUUGAAAAGUAUCGUGUGUUUGGAUAAUUUCGGGAUUUACAAUUGACAUGGCAAUUCUUUAUUUAUUAUUAUUAUUGUUUAAAUGCCACGAAAUUUCACUUGAAUUUCAGCCUUAGAAUGGCUUUCUACAAACUAAAAAAUAAAAGUUAAAAAGUCCUUAGAUGUUAAUACCAACACUACUUUUAGUAAUAGGAGUUAAAUUCGUAAAGGAUUGUCUCGAAGGUCUACGGGAAAUAUCACUGUAUAUGCUAAUUGUAUUGUAUUUUAAAGUCAAAGAUCGACUUGUUGAUACAGAAUGACAGUAAUUAAGCGUGGAAAAGAUUCUAAUUGGGAUGCAAAUUGUAUGAAAAUGAUAGAAUCCUGUGUAAAAAAAAAACACCCGCUCUCUCUCAGCCCAAAAUAAAUAGCUAUAUUUUUAAAAUUAAUAAAAAAAUAUAUAUAUAAUCCUUCGAAACUCUAUUUGUGGACGGAAAGUAUAAACAAUUAAAUGAUUAUAUUAAACGUUGUCGAGCCGUUCCAUUUUAUAAAACUAUGUUAAA